ACUUUGAGACAUAUAUACCAUAAAGGCUCUCAUCAGUAUCCGCAUCUCUUACGGAAAGUCGAUAUCAACAAGGACACACUGCUUGAGUACGAGAACGAAGCUGGGACAACCAUUCUUAGACCAGCUUGGGAUGCGUUUUCUGUGCAGUCGGAUACGUUGAUGAUACAGCGCCUUGCUGAUCGCAGACAACAUGUCGUUGACGGCUUAUUAGAGCAUGGAGCUACCUUCGGUGAAGCCAAAGCUCUCGAUGCAGAAGCCUGGACUCUAGACGAGGUCUCCAGCCCUGAUGUGACCGAUAAGAAGACAGUCCUAAGCUUCGCCCACAUGGCGGCAAACGCCUACGUCUCCAUCCCUCGUAAAGGCGACUGGAUCGACAUUGGCGGCGGCUUCAACUAUACCGAAGAUUUCGGCUGGGAGUCCGAUGGGCUCCGCGGCCACAUCUUCGCCGACACGCACAACAAAACCGUCGUAGUCGGGUUGAAAGGCACGUCCCUCUGGUUCUUCGAUCCUCCAGAGACAACAAACAACGACAGAGUAAACGACAACCUAUUUGGAAGUUGUUGUUGCGGGCAAGGAGGCCAAUAUGCAUGGAAAAGAGUUUGCGAAUGCCAGACUGAUGCAAAGACUUGCAAUGCUACUUGUUUGGUGAGUAGUUUGAGGAAAAAGAGUAGUUAUUAUCAUGCUGCGAGGGCGCUAUAUCAUAACGUGACGGCUUUGUAUCCGAACGCUGAUGUUUGGCUUACUGGACACUCGUUAGGAGGUGUGGUAUCCUCUCUUCUUGGUGCUACUUAUGGUCUACCAACUCUGACUUUCGAGACUUUUCCUGAUGCACUUGCUGCUCAUCGAUUAGGUCUGCCAACACCACCAGGUCACCAGAUUGGUCAAUCUGGUAGACAACAUUAUACCGGCACGUUUCAUUUCGGUCAUACUGCAGACCCGAUAUAUGUCGGAAACUGCAAUUCGUAUGACUCGUCUUGCACGCUUGCGGGAUAUGCUUUCCAGAGCAAAUGCCACACAGGGUUCAAUUGCACAUACGAUACAGUUGGUGAUAAGGGUUGGAGGGUCUCAAUCGGCACACACAGAAUCAGCAGCGUCAUCAAAGAUGUCCUAGAAGCUUAUGACACGGUCCCGGUAUGCACACAAGAUGUUGGUUGCAAGGACUGCUCUGAAUGGUCGUUCUUUGAGGGCAAUGGGACAAAGACGACGACCAGCUCAACAAAGACUGCUUCUUCGACGGAACUCACUACUACCACGACUACGACUUGCCGCACUCCUGGCUGGUGGGGUUGUCGGGAUGAGUCUACUACUACGAAGACAACAUCGACGUCGACGAGUGUCUCUAGCUCAACGUGUUUGACGCCAGGCUGGUGGGGCUGCAAAGAUGCUUCUACGACAACAAGCUCUUCAUCGUCUCAUAGCGCUGAGAUGAGAUCGACUGCCACGCCGAUACCAUGA